UCUUUUUUUCUCUGUGAUCAUCAUUUUGCCAUCAAUUUCUGGGUGGAGGCCAGAGACACCAUGGUUUCAGAGAAUGAUGAGAUGCCUAUUGGGUGGCCAUUCGGCCUUGGCUAUUUGAAUAUGAGACUUAGAGUUGCAGAAUCACUACCAGCUGCUCCAGUAGAGUCAUACUCACUGCACAUGCCAUCCAUCAGUUUUUCCUCAUUUUCUUCUUCCAACCUUGAUACUGAGUCCACGGCAUCUUUCUUUGAAGAACACCGCGUAUCCCUUGGUCGUCUUAUUGGAAUUAGACCAGGUGGAAGGGGACGCUUGUACUUCCCAAACUCGUUAAGAUUUGAAGAAAGGGAGAAGAAAACAAUAGAAAAAGGUACAUGUUCUGAUGCCCCUGAAGUACAAGAAAUGGAUAUGUCUCGUGGUAUUUGCAUACCAACAUUACUUGAUGCCCUGCUAAAGAUUAGCAAAAGUAAGAAAAGUUCAAGGAACUAGCAUAAGAUGUUGUGAUGCAUCGAAUUUUCGGUUCAAUUCUGUCUGUUGCUCCUAGACAAAAUUAACAAAUGGUUUUUAUGUGAUU